ACGUCGCAUCAGCUGACGACGGCGAUCUGAGAGGAGUCACUCGGUCCUCUGAUUCAGUCCUUCUUCUGCAGCCUCAGUUGGACGUUCUAGGAUAUUUUACGUCUCUGUUUUCACCUCUAAAUCUUCAAGAUGCCGCGUGACAAGUGUGCAGAGCAAUUGAAUGACUUCAAGAAACAACAGACGGCUCCCGAUAACCUGACCACGAGCCAUGGGUGCCCACUUGCGGACAAGCUUAAUUCCCUGACUGUAGGUCCAAGGGGCCCCAUCCUCCUGCAGGACAUUCAGCUCCUUGAUGAGAUGGCUCACUUCGACCGUGAGCGCAUCCCAGAGAGGGUUGUGCAUGCUAAGGGAGCAGGUGCCUUUGGUUACUUUGAGGUAACACAUGAUAUAUCCAAGUAUUGUAAGGCUGCUUUGUUCAGUGAGAUUGGGAAACGAACUCCUAUUGCUGUUCGUUACUCCACUGUAGGAGGUGAGAGUGGAUCAGCUGACACUGCCAGGGAUCCUCGAGGCUUUGCCGUGAAGUUUUACACAGAAGAAGGAAAUUGGGAUCUUGUGGGGAACAACACUCCCAUUUUCUUCAUCAGGGAUCCUAUUCUGUUCCCAUCCUUCAUUCACACGCAGAAGAGGAAUCCUGCAACUCAUCUAAAGGAUUGUGACAUGUUUUGGGACUUCAUUAGUUUGCGACCAGAAACAACACACCAAGUGUCAUUCCUCUUCUCUGACAGAGGAACCCCUGAUGGCUAUCGUCACAUGAAUGGCUAUGGUUCUCAUACUUUCAAGCUUGUCAAUGAAAAGGGAGAGGCCGUCUACUGCAAGUUCCAUUACAAGACGGACCAAGGCAUCAAGUGUCUUAGCAGCAAGAAGGCUGAUGAACUGGCAGGUUCUGACCCAGAUUAUGCAACAAGGGACCUAUACAAUGCGAUUUCAAGUGGCGAUUACCCCUCAUACACUAUGUAUAUUCAGGUGAUGACAUUCGAAGAAGCAGAGAAGUGGAAGUUUAAUCCAUUCGACCUUACCAAAGUAUGGCCUCAUGGGGAAUUCCCACUCAUCCCAGUAGGCCGUCUUACUUUUGACCGCAAUCCAAAGAAUUACUUUGCUGAGGUGGAGCAGAUUGCGUUCUCUCCUGCCAACAUGGUGCCGGGUAUUGAGGCUUCCCCUGACAAAAUGUUGCAAGGUCGCCUCUUUUCUUACAACGACACUCACCGUCACCGUCUGGGUGCCAACUACACCCAGAUCCCCGUGAACUGCCCGUACCGUGCCCGUACAAAGAACUACCAGAGAGAUGGCCCCAUGUGUGUUGAUGGCAAUCAGGAAAGUGCUCCUAACUACUUCCCCAACAGCUUUAGUGGCCCACAGGACUGCAGGAAACACACUGCUCCUAAAUUUUCUGUUUCUGCUGAUGUUGAUCGCUACAACAGUGCUGAUGAGGACAACUUUACCCAAGUUGGCAUUUUCUAUCGUCAGGUGCUGAAUGAGGCAGAACGUCAGCGUUUGGUGGAGAACAUUGCUGGUCACAUGGUUGGAGCCCAAGAGUUCAUCCAGGAUCGAGCAAUCAAAAACUUUACCCAGGCUGAUCCAGAAUAUGGUGCUAACAUCCGACGUGCGAUUGACAAGAUAAAGAUGAGCCAGGCUUCAUCUAAAACUCAACAUAUUCAUGCUCUAGCUGCAUCAAGCAAUGGGGCCAAGUUAUAGAUGUGGAAGGUGUUGGUUGUAAUAUAACUUAUCCAGAAGUUGGAUGCGACAUUUUGAGUUGUAACGUGAUUGUGAUAUGGGGCUUCUUUGUGAAUCCUUUAUUGAAUAUGGUAGUUCAUUUUGUAAUAAAGGAGAAGCAGUUUAAUUUUUUUUUUCAAUGGUUCGUUAUGUAUGAAGUGCAAAUAUAAUUCCUUUUAAUUACAUGUAUUGUUUUUAUUCUUUAUCUGAUUCUAUGCUAGUAUCUUUAGUUUCUUAAUUAUGAAAACCUACUAACCAUGUAUUUCUGAAUAUAUACAAUAUAUAUAUAUUAUUCUUUUUUUGUCAUUCAUUCAUUCAUUCUAUCUUUCUUCAUCCAGUAGUAGUUCCCAUUAGCUUUCAGCUUCAAAUUACCUGAGUGUUAAGGCUUUGAUCAUUCAGGGUUAUUUUCUUUUAAAGCCUGUCCACAUGAUAAGAGACCAGCUCCAACAGGCAGUGCCUAUUACCAGAUAACUAUGUGGGCAGAGUUGUCCAUACUUUGGUGUUUGGGCCAAUCUGAGCAGGGCAGGAGCCAGAGCUGGUGGUUCAUUGGGCUCUGUGCAGUAGGAGAUUUAUGCUGCCUCGUAAAAAGAAGUAUGGUUGUGUGUGACUUAUAAGAAGAGGCAUAAGUGAUGCAUAUAUGUCUUUCUAUUUAAGUAACAUUAAACAUUAAUGUCCAUAAUGAGAUGAAGCAUGAGAAAAGCAUGUUUCACUAGUAAGUAUCACAUUUUCUGAGGACCAAAUGCUUUAUGUUCUUUGAAUUUAAUUAUGGUGAUAACUACUACAAGCACCUUUAAGCAUGGACUACAAUAAAGAAAGGCAGCAACAAAAAAUUCAAUAAAUGCUAAAUGGUCAUACUAGCAGGCAAUGUCUGGUGAUUCAAAACAACAAUCAGUAUGGGCACUUUGCUAGUUUUAUGUGGUACCCCAACAACUGGCAGACUUCUUGCUUUUGCCAAUGGGCACUGCUCGAUCAUGUGAACAGGCCUUUAGGAUGGGUUCUGAAUAGACAUCAGUACAGCAGUUUUCUAACGUAAGAAAUAUAAAACAAAUUGCUAUGAGUAAAUUGAAACUGUUUUAAGUAAACAUUCAGAUUUGUAAUGUUUCUUAGUGAUGCCAGUUCUUUAAUCUUCUUGAGAUAUCACAUUGUACUAGUAAACAGGUUUGCUUAGCUUUUAACCUUUGCUGUAUUGGAUACUGUGUAUGAAAAUGUUUCUUUACAUUUUUGUCAAUACCAUGUGUGCUAAAUAACAGUUAGAUAAUAAGAAAAGUGCAUAUGAAAUGCUUUUGCACUAGACUAAACAUAAAUUCAAGGACUUGAUUUUUAUUUAGUUGUGUGUGCUGUUUAAUAGAAAUGUAACUUGCAAGUAUUUUACCCGUAAAUAUUGCAUGAAAGCUCAUUUACCAGCAUAUGCAAGAUAAUGCAAAUAUAUUAUAAUGACUCAGUAUUACAUUAUACUUAAAGCAAUAUGCACAAGGAUACUGAUCUAUUGAGGUAACUUCAUUUUACAUCAGCACAAAGUAAUGAUAAACUUGCAUUUAUAGGUGGUCUUUUGACAAAUAUUCAGGUUAAAUUUUUCUUACCAUUAAGGUUUAGUCCUAAGAAAUAUUUUUAUAUGUUUUACAAAGAAUUGUAAUGUGAAAGGUUUCAGGUCACCAAGAAAUUUUUUUUUGUUUAGUUGCAGGAUGCUAGUUGGUGUUUUAUUACUUUAUUCAUUAUCAUUAUUAUUAUUUUUUUAUAGGAUCCCCUUAGAGUAUGAACAGUACAUCGGAAAAUAUUUGAUCUUGUGAUGUUAUAUGGUUACGAAAUUGAUUUGCAUGGAAACCUGUGUAUAAUGACAUUAAUUGUAAUAUAUAUAUGAUAUAUAAAA